ACCUUUCCAACUAAUAUAUAAGGAGAGAGAGAGAGAGAGAGAGAGAGAGAGAGAGAGAGAGAGAGAGAGAGAGAGAGGCUAUGGGGGAGGAGGCGGCCUGUAACAUGACUUUAAUGCCCUUGAAGGUGCCUCACUUUGUCCUAGUGCAUGGAAUAGGUGGUGGAAGUUGGUGCUGGUACAAAAUCAGGUGCCUAAUGGAGAAUUCCGGCUACAAAGUCUCCUGCAUAGACCUCAAAGGCUCCGGAAUCGAUCGAUCCGACGCCAAAACCAUUCUCACAUUCGAUGAAUACAACAAGCCGUUCACGGAAUUCAUGUCCUCCUUGCCUAAUGACGAAAAGGUAAUUUUGGUAGGACACAGCGCCGGGGGACUAAGCCUGACCGAUGCAACACACAAGUUUGGGAAGAAAAUACGCUUGGCAAUCUACUUAGGAGCCACAAUGUUGAAAAAUGGGUUCUGCACCGAACAAGACGUCAAAGACGGAGUACCGGAUUUAUCAGAAUACGGCGACGUACACGAACUAGGGUUCGGACUAGGACCGGAUCAACCCCCAACCAGUGCCCUAAUCAAGAAAGAAUUCCAACGCAAAAUCGCCUACCAAUUGAGCCCUCAAGAGGAUUCAACUUUGGCCGCAAUGCUUCUGAGACCAGGCCCAAUAAAAGCGCUGGUCUCUGCUCGAUUCGAAGAGGGAAUGAUCGAUAGCGAUGAGGUCCCACGUGUUUACAUCAGAACGACGCAGGAUCGGGUGGUGAAGCCAGAGCAACAAGAGGAGAUGGUAAAGCGUUGGCCGCCGGCGGAGGUGUAUGUUUUGGAGAGUGAUCACAGCCCGUUUUUCUCCGCGCCGUUUCUGCUCUUCGGAUUGCUUGUCAAGGCAGCUGCUUCCGUCGGGAUUUAUUAGUUGAUUGAAAAUUGAAAAUAAUACUACCCCAUUAUUAUUCAGAGUCAAUUGUAGUAAUUGGUUUUCUUUGUGAUUAUGUGAACAAGAGGUAGCCCGGAGUCUUGGACUACAUUAGUGUUAUAUAUAUAUAGUCCCUUUCUCCUAAA